CGCUCGUAGCAAGAUCGUCCCUAUUCCCCAAAAAUGAGCAAGGAAGAGGAGGUGCGAUCCAGCGGUGCCGUCAUGGAUGCGGGAGGGGAGGAGGAGAGACGGGAGAAGAGCGUCGGCCUGAUGGCCGGCCUGGUAGACAAGGCCAAGGGCUUCGUGGUGGAGAAGGUGACACAGAUCCCCAAGCCCGAGGCAGCGCUAGAUCGCGUCUCCUUCCGGAGCAUCAGCCGCGAGGGCGUCGAGCUGCACAGCCACGUCGAUGUCAGCAAUCCCUACUCGCACCGCAUCCCUAUCUGCGAGAUCACCUACACCUUCAAGAGCGCUGGCAAGGUGAUUGCGUCGGGCACGAUGCCCGACCCCGGGUGGAUCGCGGCGAGCGGCAGCACCAAACUGGAGCUGCCGGUGAAGGUGCCGUACGACUUCAUUGUGACGCUGAUGAAGGAUGUGGGAGGGGACUGGGACAUUGAUUAUCUGUUGGAGGUGGGGCUCACCAUCGACCUCCCCAUCAUCGGCGCCUUCACUAUCCCGCUCACCACUGAAGGCGAGAUCAAGCUCCCCACCUUCCGGGACUUAUUGUUUUAAGCAAUUCAGAUGUUUGGAAAAUGAAUCGAUUUGUUUAUUUCAUAUCAUAAUUAGUGUUGUUCAAAGCAAUGAUGGUCGAUUAGUAAUAUUUGGGCUUUUAUAUACAAGUAUUUAGAGAUUUAAAACUAUCUCACAACGAUGUGAGUUUAAGCUUGACCAUUAAAAAAAUUCUAACCUGAUGUAUAGCGAACAUAUAUGGCCCCUAUGACAUGAUUAUUUUUAUUGGAACGAUAUA